AUGUCCUACCCCCGUCCCGACUUCACCCGCCCAACCCCAACCUGGCACACCCUCAACGGGCCGUGGACCUUCCGCUUCGACGACCGCGACGAAGGUCUCACGCAGCAUUGGGCCCACACCGGCCUGCCCCCGUCGCCACCAACAACGACCAUCACGGUUCCCUACGCCUUCCAAACGCCCGCCUCGGGCCUAAACAUACAGGACGCCCACGAGAUCCUGUGGUACGAGCGGCGCAUCAGCGACAUCCGCACGCCCGCGCAGCUGGAAAGGGGCGACCGGCUCCUUCUCCGCUUCGGGGCGGUAGACUACGAGUGUUCCGUCUGGGUUGGGGGGGUUUAUGUCGGAUGUCAUCGUGGGGGUCAUGUGCCUUUUGAUCUUGAUAUCUCGGAUGCAGUUCCCACUGAUGAUAAGGAACCGAAAAGAGUGACGAUCCGCGUGCGCGACUCGCCCACGGACCUCACGCAGCCUCGUGGCAAGCAGUAUUGGGGUCCGGUGGCGGAGGGGAUCUUCUACACGCCUUCUAGUGGGAUCUGGUUGGGUGUUUGGCUUGAAAGUGUUCCCCAGGUAAGGAUUGGGGGGUCCAGUGAGGGAACCGUGCUGCGAGGGGAGGAUAUUGACGGUGGGAGGUUGCAGGCGAGAGUGGCGGUGGUGGGACGGAGACUUGAGCGGAAAGUGGAGGUGGAGGUGGAGACGGGGCUGGGCGGGGUGAGGGUUAGUUCUGUGCGGGCUGCGUUGGGGGAUUCGGAUCGGGUGAGUUUGGAUGUGGAUAUGCAUGUCAAGGAUCUGGAGGUAUUCGAAGGGAAGAAGGGGCCAUUGGAGCUGGAGGGGUGUUGGCGCGAUGGGGUCGCGCUGUGGGCGCCGGCGCACCCGGUUCUCUAUGAUGUGACCAUCCGGUUGUUCGAUGCAGAUGGGGAAGUGGUGGAUGAGGUGGUUACGACGGCGGGAAUGCGGCGCAUUGACUGGACGACCGGCGACGGGACGUUCCGCAUCAACGGGGAGCCGUGUUUCCAGGUGCUGGUGCUGGAUCAGGGCUACUGGCCUGACACGGGGUUGACGCCGCCGUCGCAGGAGGCGUUGCGGACGGAUAUCGAAUUAGCAAUGAGGAUGGGUUUCACCGGAUGUCGCAAGCACCAGAAGGUCGAGGAUCCGGUGUUUCUGUACUGGGCCGACCGGCUGGGGUUCCUGGUGUGGGGAGAGAUUGCCAAUGCAUACGAGUUUAGUGAUGAGUACGUCGCGCGCUUUAAUAGCGAGUGGACGGAGGCGGUGCAGAGGGAUAUCAAUCAUCCGUCGAUCGUGGCCUGGACGCCGUUCAAUGAGAGCUGGGGGUAUCCUUCAUUGAAGGAUAAUGUUCAGCAACGGAACCACAUUCGUUCGGUGUACUACAUGACCAAAACCCUUGACCCUACUCGUCCCAUCAACGACAACUGCGGCUGGGAGCACGUCCUCACCGAUCUCACUACCUACCACGAUUACACCGAUUCUACCGAGCUAGCAGCCGCCUGUGCAGACCUGACACAAGGAAUCCUCGGGCCUAAGGCUGCUCAUGACAUGUUUGUACCGGCCGUGGACGGCGAUGCAGGCGCCAAGCAUACACCUGGCGCUCCGGUCAUCUGUUCCGAGUUUGGUGGAGUGAACAUCACUCCUGCCCAGGGUACGACCGCAGGGGAGAGAGACUGGGGCUACACGACGGCGAGUGACCCCGAGGACCUCCUGGCUCGUCUGGAGCGGUUGGUCAUGGCGGUCGUCAAGGGGGGACAUACGUGUGGGAUGGUCUAUACCCAGCUAUGCGACAUCGAACAAGAAGUGAACGGGCUCUACUCGUACGACCGCAAAGAAAAGGUGCCCGCGGCGCGAGUCAAGACAAUCAUGGAUGCUGCGCAGCGAUACUACGGAUGA